AAAAAGAAGACCAACCCAUGUCAUUGUGCUAUUGGGUUCUGCUUCCUGUCUAAGGCUGUGACCAGUUCUUUUUCAGUUUUUGGGGGUUACAAAUAGGGAGGCCAUAGAAACACUGGUGAAGAAGAAGGUCUUUCUGUUCAUGGUGGCUCUCUUACCGAUUCAAUUCAAAUUUCUCAGUCCACAGAGUUUGUAGAACAAGAAUUUGUACUACUGGGCAAUUUCGGUUGAAGAAUUAGUGGCAGCAUUGUUGUAGAGUAGAGAAGAAGAAGAAGAAGGUAUAGGAACAUGGAGUGUAAUAAAGAUGAGGGCAUCAGGGCAAAAGAGAUUGCAGAGAGGAAGUUCGGUGAAAAGGAUCUAAUGGGGGCAAAGAAAUUUGCAUUGAAGGCUCAAUCCUUGUAUCCAGGGAUUGAUGGUAUUCAGCAACUUCUGGCGACACUUGAUGUAUAUAUGCGUGCAGAGAACAAGAUAGGUGGGGAAGCUGAUUGGUAUGGCAUAAUUGGUGUGGAUCCAGAAGCAGAUGAUGAGACAGUGAAGAAACAGUAUAGGAAACUAGCUCUUAGUCUUCACCCUGAUAAGAAUAAGUUUGUAGGGGCAGAUGGAGCAUUCAACCUACUUAAGGAGGCAUGGGAUUUGUUGUCUGAUAAAACUAAGAGAGCAGCAUAUGACAGGAGGAGGAAUGUUUUUGUGCACCAAAAGGUAGUACACCAGAAAGUUUCAACUGCACAAGGUUCACAGGGGUCCAAUGGUUCUGCACACCAGAAAGUUUCAACUGCAGGUCAGGGUUCGCAUGGGGCCACUGGUACAACAACAAAAGGUAGAGCAUCCAAUGCAAAGGCUCAGACGGCUACCAAACGGGCAGCUCCCUCUUCCACUCCUGCUUCUGUCGAACCAAUACCCAAAAGCUUUUGGAGCGAGUGUCCAAAAUGCAGGAUGCGAUUCGAGUAUUCAGGAAAGUAUCUCAGGUGUAAUAUUUUUUGCCCGAAUUGUAAUAAACUAUUUCAGGCAGUAGAGAUAGUUCCACCAGCCAUAUGUGGUUCAAAGUCAACCACCCCAUUUUAUACAGGAAGGAGUACUCCAGCCUCUGAAAAUGUUGGAGAGACAGGUUUUAUCAGUCAUGUGUCACUUACGGAAAAGAGUGUUACCUGGGUUCCAUUUUCAAGAGCUGCUGGUGCUUCUCAAGCUGCCAACGCUGCAAGGGUAGACCUGCAGGGAUCUGCCAGAGCUGCUCGCCCUUCUAAACCUGCCAAAGCCUCAAAUGAGGAAAAGCGAGCAUCUAAGAAAGGGAGGAAAUGCAAUAUAGAUGAGGAGACUCUAGCAAGAGCUAGAGAGAGUUUCACUCGGGAUCUGAAUGAUGAUGAAAGAAAGAAGAGGUUCGAUGCCAGAAGAAAGAAGGACUUUGAUGCCAGCGGAAGGAGGGAUAAUGAUAUCCUGUAGCUGUAGCAUGAAUGUGGCUGGGGAGCUGCAAUAGCAUUUCGGCUCUGAAUCUAAACAAGCUAAUUUUGAGUCGGGUGAAAGUGGCUGUUUCAAUACUAGGUUUCGCCAACUGUUCCUAUGGUCAUGAGGAGAUUCCAAGAAACAAGAUGUUUCGGUUUCUCAUCUUGUACCUUACUAAUUAGGCUUGGAACUUCUCCAGGUAAUAGAUAAUCUGUUAGACCAUGUGAUUAUGAUAUAUGGGAGAGUUAAGACUGUAAAUAUAGUGAAUCAUGUUGAGUUUACUAUUACUUAGAGAUGGUAGAAACUUUGAGCCACUUAGAGAAUAGGAAUUGUGGAAGAUAUUGGGAAAACAAAUCAAGAUGAUAGAGUGGAGCAUGCUUCAGCUGUGACAAAGCUGGCUGGUUUUUCAGUCAGUGUGUUGUUGCAUGUCGAUGAAAUUCUUGACUUGGUUUAAGAUUCAAUGAAAAGUGAUUCAAUGUCUUUAGACUUUGUUGUGCAAUACAUUUUAGCAUCAAUAUUAUGAAAUUACAGGU